UUUUUUUCCACUGAGCGGAAACGAGGGUCCCCACUUUUUUUUUUCCGCGUCAAGUUCGUGCCUCAAAGUUUUUCUUCUCUCUCUUCUUUUAAGUCAGAGACAUUGUCGCGUCAAGUCACAAUGGAAGCCAAAGAGACCAUUUUGUGCACUUCUUCCCGCUGAGGUCGACUCUUGCUCUAAUUUUUCUUUUUCUUUUUGGUUCUUCCCGCCGACGCCACUUUAGUGGCCAACUUUUGGAUGCCUUUUCGACACAUUUCCGUUAUGCGAAGUCCAAACUGUUGUGUUGUCGUCGUGCAGCGGUGGGUGCCCGUCGGAGAUAACGGAGAACUGAUUCUCAGCCGGUCUGGUUACUGCAAUGAAUGGUAACACAUUCCAUCCAGCCAGCACCACCGCAACAGUAGGAGGCGGCCCUGGCGUGGCGGCGCUCCCGAGAGGCUGGAGGGAGUUCUGCGAGCUACACGCCAUCGCCACAGCGCGGCAACUCGCCGGACACUACCGAAGCUUCGCCAGGGAGCGCCCCCAGCAUGACGUCCUCCCGCCCGAGACCUUUUCCAAGCAGUUCACCGACCUCUUCCAGCAGCAUUUCCGCUGCGAGGUGGACAAGGACGGCACGGCUCUCCAGCAGAGCGCCUGCUCCGCCGCUCCGGGCGCCGCUCCGGGCGCCGCUCCGGCGGUUCCUCCGGUUCCAUCGCAGACCGUGAUAGGUCGAUUGCGAAUCGGCGCUUUGUCCGGCGUGCAGGACUACCGGGAGGCGGGUCGACAAAGCGGAGGUGCCGCUCUCUUCGCCGUGGUGUCGCCAAAAGUGGAGCCGGUGAGCAGGGAGCAAGAGCGGCCUCUUCGAUGUGCGGCGGGAAACCCCCGUUCGGGAAACCCGGUGCUGCUCAGGGGCUUGACCCGUACCUUGGGCAGCGGGUCGCUGUUGUUCCGUAGCCGUAGUGACGAGGAGCUGUCUGGCGCAGACGCUCGACAAACACCCGACUCUCUGGCGCCCGGUCCGGCCCACGCUGAUGUCACGCACUUCUCCGUCAAUCAGAUUCGGCAGUCUGUCAGACGACUUUUUAAGAAACGGCCCCUCCCCAGUCCGCCUUCGUCACAGGACCUGUCCGCCAACAACAACAACCCCGCCCGGUCCCUCAGCGGCCCCGUAAGCAGCACGGCGGCCUUGGCGUCUGAGCAAACGUUAGCCUCCUCGUCUCUCAACUCUGAAAGCACGCCCACGGCAUUGUCGCCGCUCUCAGGGGCAGCUUCCAACUUCUUGGAUCGUUUCCGUUGGUUACGCGGCGGGAGCGUGAGGCAGAGGAGGUCGGAGGUCAGCGGCUGCUGCAAAGAGGGCCAGCUGAGGUACUUGCUGGUGGACGACACCAUCUCAGACUCUUUGCCGCGAUGGCAGCGCUGCCGCCUGCUGGUCAGGAGGAUCCGGGACGCUGAAGGCGCAGGAGGCGAGGGCUACCAGUUGGAGCUUUAUGAUCCCCCAAAGGCCUCCGCUCCCAAACUGACGACUCACUGCUCAGAUAUCCAAGAAGUCCGUCGCUGCAACCGGCUGGAGAUGCCUGACAACUUAAACACGUUUGUUUUAAAGGUUAACCGAGGAAGUUUGAUAUUUGAGACAGACAACGACCAGCAGGUCAGCUCCUGGACCACCGAGAUUAAAGAAUGCAUCAGCAACAGAUUGGGCAGUGUGGAUCUGGAGCCCCUUCCCUCCCCGGCUGACAGCGCCGUUUCGACCAAUCACAGGGCAAGCUCCGAGUCUGGAAGUCAAAGUGAUUGGCGGCCCGCUUCAUCCCACACGGCCCCCCAGACUCGUCCUGUCACAAUUAGCUGCCCAGUCACCUUGGCUCUGCCAGAGCCGCUCAUCCACAAGACGGAUCACUUCCUUUUCUCCUACCCGUGGUUCCACGGGCACAUCUCACGCGUCAAGGCGGCCCACUUGGUUCAGAGCUCGGGGGCCGAGGGGCACGGCGUCUUUCUGGUGCGUCAGAGCGAGACGCGGCGAGGGGACUACGUCCUCACCUUUAAUUACCAAGGAAAGGCCAAGCACCUGCGUCUCUCGCUGACCGAGUGGGGGCAGUGUAGGGUGCAGCACCUGCGCUUCCCUUCCGUCAUGGAAAUGCUCAGCCACUUCCGCCUCUUCCCCAUCCCGCUGGAGUGCGGCUCCGCCGGCGCCGUCACGCUCUCCAGCUUUGUUGUGGCCGGCUCCAGCCCCCCGUCACAGGGUCAGCUCACUGGCGCCCUCUUGGUGCCGUUCUCGCUGCACCGCUGGAACUCGGAGCCCAACGUAGCUCAUUGCGGCGCGUCUCUCAGCUGCAGCCAGGCACCCUCCUCUUCGUCCUCCUCUUCCUCGUCCUCCUCCGCCGCCACGGGCACUUCCGGCCCGCAGCCGUUUCGCCGGGCCGUCCCGGCCCCGCCGCCUCCGUCGAGCGCCGCCGCCUCGGCUGCCCUACGCCGCAGCGAGUCUGCGGGCCGGCGAGCGCCGCUCCGCCACGGCAACCCGCCCGUCAUCCCCCAGCGGGACUCGGACUACGAGCUGGAGCCCGAGCGCGGACGCAAGCGGGCCAUUGAUAAUCAGUACAUGUUUCUCUGACCUCCCGCCGCCCGAAUCGACGAGAUGCACGCGGGUUCGAUGGCUUCCGCACGAGUGUCCGCAGUGAAUGUAUUUUGACGUUUGGCACAGGUGGGAAGCAGAUGGCUUGUCUUCAAGCCCAGCAAGCAAAAACUAUUUUUAUACAUUUUCUAAAGGCGAACUUUUGAAGGUUGGCUUCAACCAAUGCUAGCUUGAUGAAUUGACAGUUUUAUUUUUUAUUUUUUCAUAUUUAUGUUGGCUGCCUCCCGUCGCCUCCUUUCGUUACUUUGCUGACGCUAGAUCACUUUUUUUAACCCCGACCCCUCAAAAGAAAGAAAGACUUUAAUUUUUGGCACAGCGCUCAAUUUCUUACACAACCAACAAAGCACUCUUUCUCUUCUUUGAGUCUUCUGAUGCUCUGUCACAAUAUUUCUCACAUUUGCGCAUUAUUUAAAUAUGAAAGCUACAUGGCAGCCUCGAGGCUCGCACGCUGAAGUUCUGGAUUUGAAUACUUCAGCUUCCUCUCGCAUGCAUGUCGUGUCAGUCAAGGACUCUCAACUGUCCGCAGAUGUGAAUGUGAGUGUGAAUGAUUGUUUGUCUCUAUGUGCCCUGUGAUUGGCCAGCGACUAGUUUAGGGUGUACCCGGCCUCUUGCCCAAAAGUCAGCAAGCAGCCAAGAGGGCACUUUGGAGA